AUGAAGUCAGAAGAGCUGGUAGAUAUUGGAAUGUCAUCGGAAACCAACGUCGAUCGGAAGGAACUGCUGAGGGUACUAGGCUCUCCGGGGCUGCUCGAGGUUGUAGUCAGUGUGGCAAAUGCGGUGACGGUACUAGAUAUGCCGUCUGUAGUACUCAAGCUAGAAGUGCCAGGGUCAGGGCUUGAUGAAGUAGAGCUGAAGGAGGUUGGACUGGACAAGUUAGAAGUUGAAGAACUGGAACUCGAUGACGAGGUCGGCUCAAAUGCGCUGCUGGAAGUAGAGCUGGAUGAGGUCGGACUAGACGGCAAGCUGGACGGCCUGGUCGGAUCUAGAAACGACCCAGAGGACGAGCUAGAAGUAGACGAUGAUCUCGGCGAGCUAUUCGGAUCUGUGGAGGAGCUGGAGGACGAGCUGGAACUGGAAGAGGAACUAGACGAGCUGGAUGGGCCGGACGUGGAAGCCGGGCUGGUCGAACUGGAGGACGAGCUCGAACUGGAACUCAACGAACUUGAAGAAGUGGACGACGAGCUGGACGAGCUGAUCGAGCUGGUCGAGCUCAUCAGAUCUGUGGACGAGCUCGAACUGGAACUCGACGAGCUUGAAGAAGUGGACGAUGAGCUGGACGAGCUGGACGAGCUGGACGAGCUGGACGAGCUGGACGAGCUGGACGAGCUGGACGAGCUGGUCGAGCUCGUCGGAUCUGUGGACGAGCUCGAACUGGAAGUCGAUGAACUCGAAGAAGUGGACGAGGAGCUGGACGAGCUGGACGAGCUGGAUGAGCUGGACAAGGUGGUCGGAGCCAACGAACUAGACGUACUGGACGAAGUAGAAGAACUAGAUGAAGAGCUGGAGGAUGAACUGGAGGAUGAACUGGAAGGCAAGCUAGAUGAGCCGGAGGAUGAGCUAGUAGAGCUGGUUGGGCUGGCUGAGCUGGUUGAGCUGGUUGAGCUGGUCGAGGUCGUCGGGGUCGACGAACUAGACGUACUGGACGAACUAGAAGAACUAGACGACGAACUAGAUGACGAAGUGGAUGAAGAGCUAGAGGACGAGCUGGAGGGCGAGCUGGAGGGCGAGCUGGUCGAGCUGUUCGAGGUCGUCGGAGUCAACGAACUAGACGUACUGGAUGAAGUAGAAGAACUGGAGGAGGUGGUGGAUGAGCUCGUCGAUGGACCUGUAGGAGUCGGUGUUGCUGUUUAA